AUGGCAGAUCAUGAAUUACUGGACCACAAGAAACCGCUGUCGGCCUACACCGUCGCGGCUCGCAUGUCUUGGGCAGCUCACCGAUGCACCACUCGGGAAGAAGAUCAGGCAUAUGGUCUGUUGGGGCUCUUCUCUAUCAAAAUGCCACUACUGUACGGAGAAGGGACAAAAGCAUUUCUGCGUCUACAAGAAGAGAUUCUGAGGUUGUCAGCGGACCUGUCGAUUCUGGCCUGGCCUGGAGCGGUCCAUGGAGCAACCAAGUACAAGCCGGAUCUGGCUCGCAGUAUCAUCGCCCAUAAUUCUACCAUGCUCGCCAGAGUCGAGGGAAAACUCACUGGCGUCGUCGCCAGGGGGCCGGACGAUCUUUUCGCACCAUCACCGUUAUUCUUCCAGAACAUGGGUGACAUUAUACUCGAUCCCCGCCUUGAUGAUAGGCGUACAUGCAAUUUGACAAAUACAGCUCUAUAA